AGCCACCGCUACCACAUCUGUACCAAAGAAACGAGUCUAUAUAUAGCGUGGUGACCCGGCAAUGGGGGCCUCAACUGUAGCCGGCAUCCUCCUCUCCUCCAGUUAAUAGAAUACCAUGGCCCCCGCCGUGAUGGCUUCGUCGGCUACCACCGUUGCACCCUUCCAGGGGCUCAAGUCCACAGCCGGUCUCCCCGUCAGCCGCCGCUCCAGCGCCAGCCUCGGCAGCGUCAGCAAUGGCGGAAGGAUCAGGUGCAUGCAGGUGUGGCCAAUUGAGGGCAUCAAGAAGUUCGAGACCUUGUCUUACUUGCCACCCCUCUCCACGGAAGCCCUCCUGAAGCAGGUCGACUACCUGAUCCGCUCCAAGUGGGUGCCCUGCCUCGAGUUCAGCAAGGUUGGCUUCGUCUUCCGUGAGCACAACAGCUCCCCCGGGUACUACGACGGUCGAUACUGGACAAUGUGGAAGCUGCCCAUGUUUGGGUGCACCGACGCCACACAGGUGCUCAACGAGGUGGAGGAGGUCAAGAAGGAGUACCCUGACGCCUAUGUCCGUGUCAUCGGCUUCGACAACCUGCGCCAGGUGCAGUGCGUCAGCUUCAUCGCCUUCAGGCCACCGGGUUGCGAGGAGUCCGGCAAGGCCUAAACUACGAGUUGAAACAAUGGCCUAUCUCGUAUGAAGGUCUUUUGUGAACUUCACUUUUGUCCACAACUCUGCUGCACGACUCUGCUUUCGGACCGGAGCAUACCUUUUGUUCUAUAUGAUUUGUGUAUGUAUGUACGAACAUAGGUUCUUGAGCAUGCAUACGUAAUUCCUCAUAGGUCUAUAUGCACCGGCUACACAUAUGCAAAACCUGUGUAAUAUUUAUUAUAUACAACACGCGGACCAUUGUCUUGCUGUUAUUAAUUCAUGGAAAAGUUUCUUUA